AUGUUAAAUGAAGAUAAUGUUCAGCAGAAGUUAGAAUGUAUAACUAGUGCACAAGACAGUAUACAGAGUGUGUCGUUAUGGGUCAUUCAUCAUAAAUCUGAGAGUAAUCAAUUAGUUAAAAUAUGGCUGAAAGUAUUGAAAAAAGUUGAUGUAUCUCAGAAACUUCUCCUAUUUUAUCUAUGUAAUGAUGUGGUGCAGAAUUGUAAAAGAAAACAGGCUGUUGAGUUUUUGGAAAGUUUUAAAGGUGUUCUAGGUGAAAGUAUUCAAUUAGUCAAGGAUACAACAAUUAAACCAAAAGUAUUAAGAAUUUUAAAUAUAUGGCAAGAAAGAAAUGUAUAUAAAGCUAAAUUUAUUACCAAACUAAAAGCUAUUCUUGUGACACCAUCUCCAGUAAGUAAAGAAGUAUAUAAAGCAACGAAAAAAGACCCCAAGUCAAAUGGAACCAAAGAAUCAAAAGCUAAGGAGACACCUGCUGUACAGAAGAUUGACAGUGCCCAACUUUUGGCUGAGUUCAAGCCGCAAUUAUUUAUACAUAAAGUAACAGAUUUAAGGAAGUUAGAACUAGAAAAUGAUAUUAAACAACAACAGUUAUCUAAGGUUAAAUUUGAUGAAUCCAGUCUUGAUACCAUCAAACAAUUAAAAGAUAAAACCCAAGGGAAUGAAUUCUCUAAGAAUUUUGAAGAAGCUGUAGCUAAGUUAGAAUCUACAGUGAAAUAUUUAGAACAAGAUGUUAAUGAUAGAGGUGAAGUGAUAGAUCUAGCUGAAACUAGUCAAUUAUUCUAUGAUGAACAGUAUAAAGAAGCAAAAAUAGUUGUAAAUGCUUACAGAAAUUUUGGCACCCGAAUCAAUAAUAUGAAAAAGAAAGUGGAGGACAUAAAGAAUAAGUUCCCGGCUACUCCAAGUCCAAUACCAUCACCUACCGGUUUACUAGAUGCACCAUCACCUGAGCCAACCCCUCCUCAGGAAGAUCCCAAUGAUUAUGCAGAUCCUUUAGAUAUGGACAUUGAUUCUGAUGAUGAGAUGAAACAGAAACGAGGUGAGCUUCUUGGUUUUAAUAUGCCUUUUAGAGUGUAA